GUUGUGACGCAAAACAGAAAACAGAAAUUUAAUGCGACUCCUGCCACUGCCAGCCAAAACAUAAGUAAUAACGCGAUGGACUGACAUCCGGCGAGGAUGCGGUGGUUCAAGAAGGGAGAGCCGCCGCGCUUGCUGGCCGCGUCGCCCGAGCCCGAAACACGCUCGUCGCGCCGCGCCAGGAUUGAUAUGUCUCCAGGACGGUUUGCCAAUCGGAACAGUAGCAGCAGUUCAGUGGAAACAAAUUUCUAUAACCUCAGUGACCAAAUAAUAAUCGUAGAUAAAUCACCGAUUCCAUGUCACCAAAGUGAGGACACACCUGUUGCUCGCCGAAUAUCCGUGCAGAACAGCUUCACUCCACCGCAAGAAACAUACACGAGUCGCAAAAACCGCGGGGGCUCUUUGGAAAAGGAGUACAUGGUGUACCGCGAAAAACGAAAUCCGCUACUCGACAAAGUGAAAAAUACUAAAUUGUCCUGUUUCAAGUCUAACGGACCGUUGCAUUAUGGAGAUGACGCUGCUUCGACUUCGGGCAGUGAGUGUAGUCGAUUUGGACUUCCGGAAGAUGUUGCUCAUUGUCGAUAUGACGGAAACUAUCCCAAUAGUCACAUUGAAUUUGAAAACCAAAAUCCCUGGGUAAGAAUGCCGAACUAUGAUGACGAUGUGUUUGUUCCUAAAAGCAUUCCAACUCAUGUCGAUAGACACUGGAAAGAUGGUAAAUCAUUCAAUGCUAGAGGCACCAGAUGCUACAGCUCAGGAUCUGAAUGUGAUCGCUAUCAUCCUGUGCCUAAAGUCGGCACAAAACUUUCCAAGUCUAGUGAUCAAAUAUUUAAUGAUGAUUACGAAAACUUUGAGAGUGCACCUUCAAAUAUUCUAAUCAAACCACAAAAAAAGACUGAUAAAUUUAAGCAAAAAGAUGAUAAGGACACAAUCGGACCUAGUUCUUGUCUGUCAGCUAAGUUAAGAGCAAUGUCAGAUAGAUAUCUAAAGUCCUCCACAAAUAAGUUUUUCUCCAAACUUUAUAAGCAAAAAGGUGACGAGGACGAAGUGGAUGGGAGUAAUGAAAAUGUAUUAAAAUCAACCAGUGCAUUGAACAGGAGUCGAAAGAAACGUGGUGGCGUCAAAGCUAAAUUACGGAGUUUUUCAUAUGGUGCACUACCAGGUUUAGACGAGUUCCAAAAAGGCAAUAGCUCUGUGUUUCAUGAUGAUGUUUACCAAGCAUCAUGUGAUGAUGAAAAUGUGUUAAUACAAGACUGUGAAGAUGCUGACUCAGGAAUUCUAGUCAACGAAUCGGCAGCCUCUUCAAUAUUUGAUAGUGAUAGAAUAUCUUCUCGCUGUGAAAGCUCUGCGUCACAUGCAAAUACUUUAGUACCUUGUCACGGAAGAAGCGUAUCUGGUGAUCACACUUAUAUAAAGGCGAGAGCUUCAAGCCGGUUGAGUAGAGACAGAAACAGCGGAUCUAAACCACGGCUUAGACAUAACCAAAGGGCAUUAUCACUGGACCGUAAAGAGAUUCUAAGACGCAUGCCAAAUAACAGUGUAUCUGAGGAACCUCAUUUCUUGCAACUGACAGAAAAACAAAAAAUGAGGCAAAGAGACGUUAGCCAAGGUGACGCUGGUAUCCCACCGAUUCCUCCUUGCAGAAAACCUACCAAAUGUAAUAAAUCCGAAAAACUGGAAUACAAAGUGGUGCGUAUCGUCCGCCGACACCCUUCUGAAGAACUAGGAAUAUUUAUUGCGAAAACAAAACUGCCCGAUGAAGGUCACGUUGGAUACUUGGUAGCUCACGUAGUUCCAGGAGGACUCGCUGAAAAAGAAGGGACGUUGUGUAUUGGUGAUGAAUUACUUAACGUGAAUGGGCGACGACUUCGUGAUCUUACAAUGGCCGAGGCAAAAGAAGCUCUUAAAUCAGGGGCUCCAGAAAUCGAUAUUGUAAUAGGCAGGCAGCAAGAUAAAACGACCCCUGAUGUUAAACAAAGGCCAGCUUCCCAAAGAAAACCGCUAAUGAUGAGAGAGAGCUCUGUUGAUUACGAAAAUGCAGUAAUUUUAGGUAAAGACAGGCGAGUCGAUAAAAUUGACGUCAGGAUAGACCGGCGGCGGUCGCAGGACGAGUCGUGUAAUCAGAGCGCGCUAUCUGCAACGGACGGGGCGAGCGACGGCGCAAACACACACUCACACUUCCAUAAGGGCCAGAACGCGACCUACAGCAGCAUGAACAACAAGCUGCUACGCCGGCAGGUCGUCAGCUACGGUGGCGCCAACAAGGAGGGCCUCGCGCUCAGUUGUGCCGGUGACAUCGUCGACGUCGACACGCCCGACGCGACGGAACGGGCCAAAGUCAAAAACAACAUUGAACCGCAUACACCGAACGCGGCAAACUUUUGCACGCUUCCCCGCAAGCCAAAAGCACCCACGCACAGUUACCACACGAUCACGUUCGAAAAGGGCCACGGGAAGAAACCUCUUGGCUUUACCAUCGUAGGAGGACGAGACUCCCCUAGAGGUCCGCUGGGAAUAUUCAUAAAAAGUAUCUUACCACAAGGACAAGCCAUCGACGAUGGAAGACUUCAGGCAGGAGACGAGGUGCUGGCGGUGAACGGACAGGCGUGUCAUGAGCUCGCGCACGUGGAAGCACUGGCUCUCUUCAAAGCGGUGCGUAAUGGCCCCAUCGAGCUCAGGGUCUGUCGGAGAACAAGGAAUCCUCAAACUACCAAAGCGAAGUCAUGUACAGAUCUUCUCAAUGACGAAGAAUGAAUAAUCACUAAUAACGUUAUGCUGCUGUAAAUAUUAUUAGAUUGUUACGUUAAUAUUAAGAGUCAAAUCUCAAAAAUAAAUUAAUAUGUAAGUAUAUAUUUAUCUAGUAAAAUAAAAACGCAUUAUGAAUGUAUCCAAAUAUUGACAUUUUAUUGAAAUAGAAGUAUUGUUGUUUUAUAUUUCUACACCGCGCAUGCAUUUCCUAUAAUAAUCAGAAUGUUUUGAGAUAGCAUUAUGUGUAUAUUGUAUGUGCCAUGUAUUGAACUAAGUACCUAGGUCAUAACACCCAUGUCACAGGUAGUAUUUACAUUUUCUAAGGGCUUAGAACUUAGGGCUUUAAAAUAAUUCAAACCGAUUAUAUUUUCAUUGUAGUAACGAUAUGUAUCGGACUUAUCUGUGGCCUCUUCUUCGGGAUGAGUCCAAAACAUUUCGGUCCUGCAUCUGAGAUAGAAUGUAAGUUGAAAUAGAUGUUUAUUACAAUGUUACAAAAGUUUCAAUUUCAUUGUACGGGCCUAAAGAGGUUUAAAAUCAAAGUCCUAAUAAGAGCGCUUAAAAACACUAGCUUUUCUUUAAAUUUUCGUAUGUACCUACCUAACUAAUUUUAUUAAAAAGUUCACUCAGAACUAGGUGGUUUAACCCUUUUCAAUUCAAAGUACCUAUUCCGUUAAGUAUCAAAACAAUAUACGAGUACCUACUUAUGUACUUACUUGUAAGGCAUACCAUAUGUCUACACUUUUAGCUCUUCCAGGUUUAAAGCUUUGCAUGCAAAUUAAUUUCUAAAGAGGCAUGUUAUGUUUUGUAAAAUCGCAAAAAGUGUGGCUGUGCGGGCUGCGUCGACCCAUAAAAACUCGAACUUGUUUUCAUAUUUGCACACAAACUUUGCACUUUAGACUUUUUGAUGGGUUACAUUGAAAACUCGUUUGACUUUUUUCGUUGGUCGCGUGUUUCGUAACAAAGCAAUGUUUAUGGCGGUCGUGUAAUUCUGUGUUUUUAAUUGUUUUGAUAAGGAUUAUUAGGAUGGUCGCUGACACAUGUUUUGUCUUGUUCUACAAGAAAGAUACAUUUUUUUACGAAAAAGACAAAGGAUAGGUACUUUUGCAUUCUUCGGGAGCUUUUUUAAAAACAUCUGCUAGAAAUGUAUAAAAAUAACCAGGAUCUUCAAUCUAUACCUACUUACCGCUUUAUAUUUCUUGAAUACAUCUUAACUCUCGGGUCAAGGGCUUUCCUUAAUUCGAUUUUUUUCCAAUCAUGAGAAGUUGGCGGCGUAAAUAUAAAUCAAUCAAGGUGGAGAGACUUUAUAUGGAAAUUCCAUGUAAAGUUACCCCCUUCCUUUUGAUUGAGUUGCUCUAAGGUACUACAUUCCUCUAAGAAACUUUUGAAGCGUUAUAGUUUGCUUUUCAGACAAGCGUUUCUAAAUGAUGAUAAUAUGUAAUUGUUAUUUGCAGUUCGCUGUUUGUAUUAGAAAUCUAGGCAUUACGUUGUCUUGGCUAUAAUAGAAUAAAAUAAUUGUUAGUGAAAUCAUUUUUAGAAAUUAUAAUUAUGUGCAAUAAGAUGAUAAUUGUCAGUACUAUGCACUAUUCAAUUUGUUCUUUAUAUAAGCCUAUAUUCGUGAUCGGUCUGAGUAGACUAAGCUUCUAAGAAAGUUAUAACAAAUAAGUCCCUAGCAACCAUUGGCUAGCCAAUUUUAUGUAUGGCAAAAACUUCCCAGUGUUUGACACUCCAAUUUCAAUAAUAGGGAUUUUGACUGUAUUAAAAAAAUAGUUUACAAAAUUCACGGAAUAAGCACCAGAUUACAUAUUAUUAAAAAUACGUAACCCGCAGUUAUUUCUUGUCACAAUUUCUAUUUAAUUAAUAACUAAGUAUAAGUACCUACAUAACUUGACUGUUCAUGAAUCAGAAAAUUUAAUUUACAGUACAUAUGGUCCUAUUUUCCCGCACUAGUGCGUAAAAUAGCACUUUUCGUGCGAUAUCAAAAGUUUAAAGGGCCAUAUGUACUGUAAAACGUUGUACGAUACACGUGCGAAUAGGUAAUUCGCAACUCAUGUCGAUUUAAAACACUCCCUUCGGUCGUGUUUUAAUUUAUCGCCACUCGUUUCGAAUUUCCUCUUUUCCGCACUUGUAUCGUAAAUAACUAUUUUAGGAUAUUGUAAUUUUACAUGUACUACCUACCUGAUUAAUUACCUACAUACACGCUUGGGGAAUUUAGUCUAAUUAAGCUGAUCACCUUAUAGUGGACGGAUGAUAUUAUUAUUAUUAUGACAAUCAAUUAAAUGUUUUAUUAAAAUUAUGA